GUCUUUUGUUUGUAUAAAAGGUAAUGUCGUCAAACAGUUAACAUCACACUCGCAUCCUCUCUUCGACAGAGACAACCCAAUCUAGCAAAAUGUACAAGAUUACUUUCUUCCUCGCCACCUUCGCCCUGGCUGCUGCCAAGCCCAGCAUUGCCCCAGCUGCCGUCGUAGCCCCAGUUCCACUAGUGGCUGCCCCUGCGCCACUAGUAGCUGCCCCUGCUCCAUUCGUCACCGCCUCAAGCUCACAAUACAUCUCCAGAAACUACAACGGGGUUUACGCUGCUGCUCCAUUAGUAGCUGCACCUGUAGCUGCGCCCCUAGUAACUCCUGCUGCUAAAAUCGUUGCUCCUGCCCCAGUCGUAGCAGCAGCUGCUCCACUUGUGGCCCCAGCAGCGAGAUUCGUUGCCCCAGCUGCAUAUGCCCCUGCUGCGUACGCUGCAGCUCCUGCUUUCGCCUACGCUCGGUAUGCUGAGCCCUUCGCUCCCUAUUACGCCGCUCCUGCCCCCAUUGUCGCCCUUAAAGUCAUCUUCGCUGCCGCAAUCAUAGCUAGCAAUGCUAGCGGGAUUGGCCACCUUGUUCCAGCAGUGAAAUCCUUCCCUAUAGUGCGGUAUGCACCGUUCUACAACUUUCCUGGAGGUGUAAGAUCUAUACACGCCGUGGCUCCAGCACCAAUUUUACCGGCUCCAGCACCAGUAGCCCCAGCUUUUGCUGCUGCUCCAGCUUUCCCCGUGCCAUUGGCUGCUCCAGCCUUCGCACCGGCUCCUGCCCCAGUGUUUGCCCCAGCGCCCGCUCCAGUAUUUGCACCAGCUCCAGUUCCUGCUCCGGCUUUCGCCUCAGCGCCUGCCUUUGCCCCUGCUCCUGUCUUUGCUCCAGCUCCCGCUUUUGCCCCAGCUCCCGCCUUUGCCCCGGGUCCUGUCUUCGCUCCAGCUCCUGUACUACCCAAGUUUGCUCAAGUGAUCCCACCUCUGCCGCCACUAGCAGCUCGUGCAGUUCCAGUGCUGCCCUCUGUGCCAUUCGCUCCUGUUGUGAGAGCUGUCGCGCCCGCCCCCCCUCCAUUAUUCGCCCCAGCCCCCGUCGCGAUCGCCAAAGCAAUCCCUUUUAACCCUUACCAUAGAUUUGUGGCGCCAGCGCCUGCGAUACCAGCACCAUUCUUCAAACAGGUUGCAUGGAAGUGAAUCUAGUCUUGUAACGUACUCAGUGUAGAAAUUUGUUGUUAUUGUUAUUGUUUUAGUCAUAGCUAGGAAUAUUUUAUAAUAAUUUUUAAAUAAAUAAAAUCAAUUUUAUAA